AUGAGCCUCUUGGCCUGGAACUGCCGGGGCCUUGGGUCAGCUCCGGCGGUGCGCUCACUCACCGACGAGAUGAAAGACACCGACCCGGUUUUGGUUUUCUUAUCGGAGACCAAGGCAAACAGAAAUAGAGUUAAAGGAAUUCAGAGAAAGCUAAAUUUUACUCAGGGGAUUAUAGUUCCAAGCGAUGGCCGGAGCGGGGGACUGGCGAUGUUGUGGAAGGAAGGGGCGGAUGUGUCCUUUAAAAGCUGUUCAAAUGCUCAUAUCGACGUGGUGGUCCGUGAGGGAGUUGGUGCGCAACCGUGGCGAGCUACGGGGUUUUAUGGACACCCUGAUGCAGGUAUGAGAUUUACAUCUUGGAAUUUACUUAAAUCACUAAAGAGACAAUGUGAUAUGCCGUGGGUUGUUUGUGGGGAUUUUAAUGAAAUUGUGCAAUUUGAUGAGAAAUUGGGGUGGUUAGAUAGGGACGCAAGACAAAUGGAGGUGUUUAGAGAGUGUCUAUCUGACUGUGGUCUCAUUGAUUUGGGGUUCGUGGGGCAGCGUUUUACGUGGUGUAAUGGUAGGAUUAAGGAGCAACGUACUUGGGUUAGGUUGGAUAGGAUGGUGGCUAAUGAGGAGUGGAGGAAGAUGUUCCCUGAGGUAAGAGUUAUUCACAGAGCAAUGGCAGCUUCAAACCACUGUUUGCUAAAUCUGUCACUUAGGCAGCGGGUGAAAAGAAAGGGAAGUAGAAAACGGUUUAUGUUUGAAGCUAUGUGGACUAGAGAAGAGAGCUGUAGAGAGGUGAUUGAAACGGCUUGGGAUUCUUUGAAUGCUAAUCCGGAUGUGCAGAUUCAGGAUAGGCUAAAAAGUUGCCAAGCUCACCUGCAGACUUGGAACCGUAGGGAAUUCGGCAAUGUUAACAAAAAUUUAAGGCAGAAGCAGAGUCACCUACAGCAACUAGAAGAGUUGAACUUGCUACAUGAAUCAGCGGAGGAGAUUCAGACUUUGAAAAAGGAAAUAAACGAAGUAUUGUUGAGGGAAGAAAUGAUGUGGAAUCAGAGGUCAAGGGCUUUAUAG